CUAAAUAGUGUGAGAUAAAAUAUGGAGUUUGUCCUAAAUGCACAGUAUCAUCUAGUUUAAUUUUGUCAAUUUUGUGAAAAGCUUGGAAAAUUAUAAAGACUAAAAAGUUGAAGCUUCACCAGUCAACAACUCUUACAGUCUAAAUAAAGUUGCUUUUUCUGUCAGGAUGGGUUGUGUGCUAAAUAGGUGAAAGUGAAAGCCAAGUGUGGUAAAACAUAUUUGGAAUUUGUCCUCUGCAUUUAAACCAUCCAAGUUAUUUCAUUCACAUAAUAAGUAGUGAAUAGUGAACACACACAAACACCUGGAGCAGUGGGCAGCCAUUCACGACAGCGUUCAGGGAGGGAUUGGGCACUUCAGUCAUUUCCUGUGGGUAUUUAGACUCAACCUGCAACCCUUUGGGUUACCAGUCUGAAUGUAACCAUUAGGCCACGACUGCCCUAAGAAACUGCUCCAAGGUCUUUCUUGAAGUAGAUCUAUUCAUGUCAUUUACUUAUUGACUAAGUGUACUAUAUUGUUUUCUGAUAGUAUAGCUAUGAGAAAUAAAACAAAAACGACAUCUUGCCUCAUGUCAUUUUUCUACCUAAAAAUUAGUUUAACAACUUGUCACAAUGAUAUUUUCAGAUAUCUGAAUUUUACCUACUCUUAGUCGAAUCUGCUGUUCAGCGAAUUGAUACUGAAAUUACUCAGCUCCUCACUCACACCAGAGAUCCGCCCCUAGUCUUGUUGAUGCUAAGUGCUAACUGCUAACAACAGUAGCCUGCCUUUGUCGUCACAGAGAGAAAAUCAACUGAAUGAAUUACUUUAGGAAUUAGUAAAUAACAUCUGGAUGCAUUCAUAUGUGGUAAAAGGUCUCCAGCAUGUCAGAUCUGGUCCUGUGGGUGUCAGUAUCACACAGUGAUCACAGUUCACACCUGCAGUGAAGCUCCUCCCACAACAAUUCACCAAUAAAUACUGGGAAUAUUCACAUCAUCCUACAAGAGAAGGACAAACUCCAGGUGUAGAAGCUGAAAUCUGUGUGACUGUUAAAGAUGGAGUUUAUUAAAGAAGAGAUUGAAGACAUGAGUAUUUCAGAGCCAUGCAGAAUAAAAUAUGAAGAUACUGAGGAACAAAUAGACUGGAUUGAGAUGAAACUGCAAAAACAUGAAUUGAAUGAAGAAGAGGAGGAAAAGCAGAGCAUCAAAACUCAAAGAACAAAAGCUAAAAAGCCGCACACCUGCUCUCAGUGUGGAACAGGUUUCAGUCUAAAAGCAAACCUAAAGAUACACUUAAGAAUUCACACUGGAGAGAAACUUUUUACAUGCACUCAGUGUGGAAAGAGUUUUUCUCAAUUAUCAGGUCUCAGUUAUCAUCUACGCUUUCACUCUGGAGUAAAACCAUUCAAGUGUGAUCAGUGUGGUAAAGAUUUUGCUUCAACAUCAAAUCUAAAACAACACUUGAAAGUUCAUUCAGAUGAGAAGCCUUUUGUGUGUUCUUUCUGUGGAAAGAGUUUUUCAUGGCUGAACAGUUUUAAACUACACCAGAAAACACAUAAUGAAGUGAAAGAUCAUGUGUGUUUGGACUGUGGGAAGAGCUUUACGAGAGCUAUCAAUCUGAAACAUCAUCAAAGAAUUCAUACUGGAGAAAAACCUUACAAGUGCUCAUAUUGUGACAAGAGUUUUAAUCAGUCUGGACACCUGAAAUCACAUGAGCGAGAUCAUACUGGAGAGAAGUCGUACCACUGUAGUCAGUGUGAGAAGAGUUUUGCAUGUAAAACUGGUCUCAAGUAUCAUCUGCUCCGUCACUCUGGAGAAAAGCCAUUUAACUGUGAACAGUGUGGUAAAGAUUUUAUUUCAUCAUCACAGCUAAAACAACACCUGAAAGUUCAUUCAGGUGAGAGGCCUUAUGUGUGUUCUUUAUGUGGAAAGAGUUUUUCACGGCUGGAUGGUUUUAAACUGCACCAGAAAACACAUGAUGAAGUGAGAGAUCAUGUGUGUUUGGACUGUGGGAAGAGCUUUACAACAGCUGAGAAUCUGAAACGGCACCAAAGAAUUCAUACUGGAGAAAAACCUUACAAGUGCUCAUAUUGUGACAAGAGAUUCACUCAGUCAGGAACUCUGAAAUUACAUGAGCGAGUUCAUACUGGAGAGAAGCCGUACUACUGUACUCAGUGUGAGAAGAGUUUUGCACGUUUAAGAAGCCUUCACACUCAUAUGAAAAUAUGUUGCAAGUGAGAAAUACUUGGAAACCUUGGAAAAUUAUAAAGACUAAUAAGUUGAAAGCAAUUGGGCACUUCAGUCAUUUCCUGUUGGUAUUUAGACUCAAACCUGCAACCCUUUGGGUUACCAGCCUGACUCUAACCAUUAGGCCACGACUGCCCCAAGGUCUUUCUUGAAUUAGAUCUAUUCAUGUCAUUUACUUAUUGACUAAGUGUACUAUAUUGUUUUCUGAUAGUAUAAGUAUGAGAAAUAAAACAUCUCGUCUUGAUUUAUUAAAUAAACACAAAGAAUGGAUUUAAAUAAACUGAGCAAGCAGCUAGAAUCAUUUUUGAGUGUAUUGUUUUUAAUUGUUAGCAUAUGUUUCAGCAUUAUGUCUAAAUAUGCAGUAAUGGCCUUAGAUUCUCCUUCAUAAUACCUUGAAGAAAUUUAAAGUAGCAUAAAUAACACACUUCUAAAUUAAAAUCAGCAAGCCAGAAUUACAAUAUUCCCUUUUUCUCACAACUCAACACUACAUUCCAGUAGGUGGCGCUAAUGCGCAUUAAAGCGGUUUACAAACUUCCAUAAAACGUAAAAGAAGAAGAUGAUCGUCCUGAGAAGAAAGAAAAGGAGAAAUCCAAGCAGAAACAGCUUAAUUCUCUGUCCUCUAAUAUAGUAAAGAUGGAGUUUAUUAAAGAAGAGAUUGAAGACAUGAUUGAUCCAGAACCAUCCAGAAUAAAACAUGAAGAUACUGAGGAACAAAUAGACUGGAUGGAAGUGAAGCAGCAAACACAAGACCUGAAUGAAGAAGAGGAAAAUUGUACCCUCACAUCUCAAGAAACAAAACCUAAAAAGCUGCACACCUGCUCUCAGUGUGGAAAGAGUUACACAAAAAAAGAAAACCUUAACCUACACAUAAGAGCUCACACUGGAGAAAAACCGUUUACAUGCACUCAGUGUGGAAAGAGUUUCACAAAAAAAGAAAACCUUAAAACACACAUAAGAAUUCACUCUGGAGAGAAACCGUUUACAUGCACUCAGUGUGGAAAGAGUUUUAAUCGUACAUCAUGUCUCACUGUUCAUCUGCUCCGUCACUCUAGAGAAAAAUCAUUUAACUGUGAUCUGUGUAGUAAAGAUUUUAUUUUGUCAUCGCAUUUAAAACAACAUCUGAAAGUUCAUUCAGAUGAGAAGCCUUAUGUGUGUUCUCUCUGUGGAAAGAGUUUUACAUGGGUGAAAAAUUUUAAAUUGCACCAGAAAACUCAUGAUGAAGUGAGAGAUCAUGUGUGUUUGGAGUGCGGGAAGAGCUUUACUACAACUGCCCAACUGAAACGACACCAAAUAAUGCAUACUGGAGAAAAACCUUACAAGUGCUCAUCUUGUGACAAGAGUUUCACUCAGUCUGGACAACUGAAGUCACAUGUGCGAGUUCAUACUGGAGAGAAACCUUUCUUAUGUCAUCAGUGUGGAAUUUGCUUUGCAUAUAAGGACAGUCUUAAGAAACACACAAGAAUUCAUACUGGAGAGAAACCUUUCAUAUGUCAUCAGUGUGGAAUUGGUUUUGCACGUAAAGACGGUCUUAAUAAACAUAAGAUAAGAAUUCACACUGGAAAGAAACCGUAUACAUGAUCUCAGUGUGGAAAGAGUUUCCCAUAUACAACUGGACUCAGACUUCAUCUGUGCAUUCACUCUGGAGAAAAAUGAAAUGUUUUUCACCUGUUGUCAGUGUGGAAGGAGCUUCGCAACUUGUGAGAAUGAUGUGAGAGACUGAUACUGUCAUAUAGAAAAUGAUUCCUUCAACUUACUGCUGCUAAAAGAGUGUACCUAGUUUGUUACCCAUGGCUUUUCUAUUUUGGGUUUAUUUUUGUUAAAUAAAUUAUGAAAUGGUGUAAUAUAUAAUUUGUUGUUCAUCUGAGGUGGUAUUUAACCAUAAAAUUGUAAAGAGUGUCCUUUUUCAUGUUUAAAUAUAGUCCACAAGACAAAAUAAAAGUUGAAUACAUAAAAAUGACCCUGUUCAAAAGUUUACACAUGUAAAUAAAAGUCUAAAUUAAAUCUGUUCAUCAUAUUGUCACAAUUACGUUUGUUUUGACUCUUUGUGUUUCAUCAUCAUCUGCCUUAAUUGCUCAUUUGUUGUCAUGGACACUUAUGGUUUUCAGCUGUGCACUCAUUAAUCACCAUCAUCAUCACCACCUGUAUUUAUGUUCAGUUCUGUUCCAGUCUAGUCUUGUCUUCAUUAAAUGGAUGUGUUGAUGGUUGUAACACGACUUUCACGUGUACAUCCACUGGACCCACAAAAAUGUGCCAAUAUUUGCCUCAGUCUGCUAUAUGUUUCAGUAUAAUUUUAUAUCUAAAUAUGCAGUAAUGACUUAUAGAUUCUCCUUCAUAAUGCCUUGAAGAAAUUUAAAGUAGCCUAUAUAAGACCCAUCUAAAUUAAAUAAAAAUCAGCAAGCCAAAAUUACAAUAUUCCCUUUUUCUCAAAACUCAAUACUACACUCCAGUAGGUGGCGCUAAUGCGCAUUAAAGCGGUUUACAAACUGUCAAAAAACGUAAAAGAAGAUGAUCGUCCUGAGAAGAAUGAACAGGAGAAAUCUGUGUGCUGUAAUAUAGUAAAGAUGGAGUUCAUUAAAGAGGAGAUUGAAGACAUGAGUGAUCUAGAACCAUCCAGAAUAAAACCAGAAGAUACUGAGGAACAAAUAGACUGGAUGGAAGUGAAGCAGCAAAACCUGAAUGAAGCAGAGGAAAUUCAUACCUUCACAUCUCAAGGAACAAAACCUAAAAAGACACACAUAUGCUCUCAGUGUGAAAAGAGUUUCACAAAUAAAAGAAACCUUAACAUACACAUAAGAGUUCACACUGGAGAAAAACCGUAUACAUGCACUCAGUGUGGAAAGAGUUUUAAUCGUUCAUCAGGUCUCAGUGUUCACCUGCUCCGUCACUCUGGAGUAAAACCAUUUAACUGUGACCAGUGUGGUAAAGACUUUAUUUCGUCAGCAAGUCUAAAACAACACCUGAAAGUUCAUUCAGAUGAGAAGCCUUAUGUGUGUUCUCUCUGUGGAAAGACUUUUUCAUGGCUGCGUCAUUUUAAACUGCACCAGAAAACACAUGAUGAAGUGAGAGAUCAUGUGUGCUUUAAUUGUGGGAAGAGCUUUACUACAACUGCCCAACUGAAACGACACCAAGUAAUUCACACUGGAGAAAGACCUUACAAGUGCCCAUAUUGUGACAAGAGUUUUGCUCGGCCUGGACAACUGAAACUACAUGAGCGACUUCAUACUGGAGAAAGACCUUACAAGUGCUCAUAUUGUAACAAGAGUUUCACUCAGUCUACACACCUGAAAUCACACAAGCGAGUUCAUACUGGAGAUAAACCUUUCAUAUGUCAUCAGUGUGGAAUUGGUUUUGCACGCAAGGACAGUCUUAACAAACACAUGAGAGUUCACACUGGAGAGAAACCAUAUAUAUGCGCUCAUUGUGGAAAGAGUUUUUCUCAAGCAUCAUGUCUCAGUGUUCAUCUGCGCAUUCACUCUAGAGAAUAAACAUUUAACUGUGAUCAGUGUGUUAAAGAUUUUAUUUCAUCAUCAAAUCUAAAACAACACCUGAAAGUUCAUUCAGAUGAGAAGGUUUGGUUUUGCAUGCAAAAAAGGGUCUUAAAGGGUUAGUUCACCCAAAAUGAAAUUUGUCAUUAAUUACUCACCUCAUUAGUUUCACACCCAUAAGAACUUCAUAUGUCCUCAGAACACAAAUUAAGAUAUUUUUGAUUAAAUCCGAAGGUAUCUGAUCCACACGUAGGCAGCAAUGUCAUUGCAUCUUUUCAGGUCCAGAAGGGUAUUAAAGACAUCGAUAAAACAGUCAACGUGACUACAGUGGUUCAACCUUAAAUGAUUAGUUCACUUUAAAAUGAAAAUUAGCCCAGGCUUUACUCAUCCUCAAGCCAUCCUAAACGGCCCAAUUCUGGGAUUGCGUGACUGGGGGGACAUUUCACAAACUUUUUUUUUUAACUACUAAACUAAUUAGGGUUGUUUAUUGCAAGUAAUUUGAGAGGAACUUUAAAUAUAUGUACAUUUCAAGUCGCAUUAUGUUUGUCUACAUAUAGGCCACAAGACAUUAAUAAAUUAAGAACUUUGUAUCUUUCCUUCCCCGACAGCAACAUAGUGUCUGCCCAGAUCUGGCCCACAUCUGGUCCGCGUGUAAUCCACGUGUACCAGAUGUGGGCCCGAUUUGGGCCAGACUAUGUUGUUGUCUGGGUUUCCUGUACUCCCAAUGCUAAGUACACUUUAAAAAAAUUGUGAUAUUUAGCCAUCCUUAAAAUUUGUUAGAUAUAGAUUUGUUAUUAGUCACAAUAGUUGUACUUUCUGUGAUUUUGAACGCAUAUUGACAACGGCUAAUAUUCCCUUUUUCCAAACUCAAUACUACACUCCAGUAGGUGGCGCAAACGCACAUUAAAGCGGUUUACAAACUUUCUUAAAACGUAAAAGAAGAAGAUGGUCGUCCUGAGAAGAAUAACAAGAGAAAUCCGUGCAGAAACAGCUGAAGUCUGUGUGCCAUACUAUAGUAAAGAUGGAGUUUAUUAAAGAGGAGAUUGAAGACAUGAGUGAUCCAGAACCAUCCAGGAUAAAACAUGAAGAUACUGAGGAACAAAUAGAUCUGGUCCAGUGGGUGUCAGUAUCACACAGUGAUCACAGUUCACACCUGCAGUGAAGCUCCUCCCACAACAAUUCACCAAUAAAUACUGGAAAUAUUCACAUCAUCCUACAAGAGAAGGACAAACUCCAGGUGUAGCAGCUGAAAUCUGUGUGACUGUUAAAGAUGGAGUUCAUUAAAGAAGAGAUUGAAGACAUGAGUGAUCCAGAACCAUCCAGAAUAAAACAUGAAGAUACUGAGGAACAAAUAGACUGGAUUGAGAUGAAACCGCAAAAACAUGAACUCAAUGAAGAAGAGGAGGAAAAGCGGAGCAUCAAAACCCAAAGAACAAAAGAUAAGCCGCACACCUGCUCUCAGUGUGGAACGAGUUUCACACAAAAAGUAAACCUAAAGAUACACAUGAGAAUUCACACUGGAGAGAAACUGUAUACAUGCACUCAGUGUGGAAAGAGUUUUUCUCAAGCAUCAGGUCUCAGUUAUCAUCUACGCUUUCACUCUGGAGUAAAACCAUUCAACUGUGAUCAGUGUGGUAAAGAUUUUGCUUCAUCAUCAAAUCUAAAACAACACUUGAAAGUUCAUACAGAUGAGAAGCCUUUUGUGUGUUCUCUCUGUGGAAAGAGUUUUACACAAAAAGUAAACCUGAACAAACACAUGAGAAUUCACACUGGAGAGAAACCGUUUACAUGCACUCACUGUGGAAAGAGUUUUUCUCAAGCAUCAGGUCUCGGUUAUCAUCUACGCAUUCAUUCUGGAGAAAAACCAUUCAGCUGUGAUCAGUGUGGUAAAGAUUUUGCUUCAUCAUCAAAUCUAAAUCAACACUUGAAAGUUCAUUCAAAUGAGAAGCCUCAUGUGUGUUCUGUCUGUGGAAAGAGUUUUUCAUGGCUGCACAGUUUUAAACUGCACCAGAAAACACAUGAUGAAGUGAGAGAUCAUGUGUGUUGUGACUGUGGGAAGAGCUUUACAAGAGCUACCGAUCUGGAACAGCAUCAAAGAAUUCAUACUGGAGAAAAACCUUACAAGUGCUCAUAUUGUGACAAGAGUUUCACUCAGUCUGCACAUCUGAAAUCACACGAGCGAGUUCAUACUCGAGAAGUCAUACCACUGUACUCAGUGUGAGAUGAGUUUCACUUGUAAAACUGGUCUCAAUUAUCAUCUGCUCCAUCACUCUGGAGACAAACCAUUUAAAGGUGCCCUAGAAAUUAAAAUUGAAUUUACCUCGGCAUAGUUAAAUAAUUAGAGUUCUGUAUGGAAAUGACAUACAGUGAGUCUCAAACAGCAUUGUUUCCUCCUUAUU